UAUCUCUGGAUUCUUGUCACGAAGCACGUGGCUGGGGGUCCCUAUGUACAUUUCACACACAACGUAAAUAACAAAAAUAUUUCUGAACCGGAUCUGUAAACGUGAAGGUUUAAAUGGAUCGAUUCAAUAUCGCGGACGACAUCCCUGUCUGGUUCACUGACGACUGGGAAAGACUCUAUUGGUAGGAAACAAACAUCUACUUCGUAGCCACGACUCCGGAAGUGAUUGACAUGACAUGCGCAGAGUGUGGUUCCGGAGAUGCAGCAGAGUGGACCUGUCUGACAUGUGACGUCAGUUUGCACGAUAAAUGUAUACAGCGACACAGGGGAGAUAAUCAGGGGAAGACACAUACCAUUAUCCCGGGAUUUGAUGCAUUCUUACAUACCUCAGGGGUCUCUAACAAGGCCUCGGAACCGCGAAUUGACAAGAUAACUGUGACCGGACCAGGGGUACAGGAGAGCGGUGUAGUGGGGGAAUAUGACACCACGUUCCAUGUGAACACUUACGGUGCUGGACCAGGGCGUCUGGGUGUAAAAGUCGAGGGCCCAAAAGCGGCCUUCAAUGUAACGAUGGAGCCUCACAAAGAAAAUAAAACGACUAUAGUGUGUUCUUAUCAAGCAGAAGAAGCAGGGGAUUACGUCAUCACUGUCACGUGGUCUGAGAAAGAAGUUCAUGGGUCACCAUUUAAAGUUCGUUUAAAAAACAGUGAAUCGUGAUUUUUCAGUUUUGUCGUCAAUGAUGAACUUGCGAGGAUUAACGUAUUAAAAACUGCUCUCUGAUGAAAACCAUAGAAAAGAGAAUGGAUGUGCCAUUAUGACGUCAUGUAUGUUGAUAUUGGAACCUUUUGAUGAGCUGCAGUUGAAUUGUAUAUUGCGCGGAGGACCCGUGAACUCUGUGAACUGACCUUAUCGGUUGAACUCUGUGAGUUGAUCUUACCAGUUGAACUCUGUGAACUGAUCUUACCAGUUGAACCCUGUGAAUUGACUUACCUGUGAACUGACCUUACCGGUUGAACUCUGUGAGUUGAUCUUACCAGUUGAACCCUGUGAAUUGACUUACCUGUUAUUUUGUAAGAACUUUACGGUAUUUCAAAAGUAACCUCAACAUGUUGAAUUUUUCCUCAAUUAUUCGUGUUUCGGGUACAUGUACUAUAUACACAAUACACACUCCUCUAGAUCCGCCAACAAUACACACUUAACACCGUUACUCUCCUCUAGAUCCGCCAACAAUACACACUUAACGCCGUUACUCUCCUCUAGAUCCGCCAACAAUACACACUUAACACCGUUACUCUCCUCUAGAUCCGCCAACAAUACACACUUAACACCGUUACUCUCCUCUAGAUCCGCCAAUAAUACACACUUAUAGUUUUUGUUCAGAAUAAAACAAUGAUCUUUAAGAAGA